UACAUAAGAGGUAAUUAGCAACGAUCCUCCUCCAAUCACCCUCACAAACCACCUCACUGUGGCAAACACGCACCAAUGCCAGAGCGUGAGCCUCGUCUUCUGUAAGCAACGGUGACCCCUACGUACCCAGAAGCCUUGUCUACCAAGCAAAAUAAAAACCCUACCACUGUUCUUCUCUCUCUCUCUCUCUCUCUCUCUCUCUCUCUUUACCCCCCCAACAACAAAAACCACUCUUAAUUCCUUCUCUCUUCCAUCAAAACCUGCAGUGAAGCAAACCAAAGAUGAAGAUUAAGAAGAAAGGUAAAGUAUACCCAUCUCCAUCAUCAUCAUCUUCUUCUUCUUCUUUUGCUGCUGGGACUCAGUGCCCUUCCGAUGGCGAUUUUCUCGCCGUGUUGAAGCUCCUCCCGGCGGCGAUUCUAGCCCUUGCAUCUGUACUCUCCCUGGAAGACCGUGAAGUCCUGGCUUACAUGGUUACACGGUCGAUGAAACCCACAAACCCUUCUCCGAUUACCCACAAGAGAAAGCCACCCCAGAAGAAGUUUUCUCCGAACAACAACACCCACAAGCCGCCGGUGUUCGAUUGUGACUGCUUCGACUGCUACACGAGCUACUGGUUCCGGUGGGACUCCUCGCCCAACCGCGAGCUCAUCCACCAGGCCAUCGAGGCCUUCGAGGACCACUUGGCCCACGGCGAGCAGUCGAAGAAGGUCAACGGCCGAGGCAAGCGCAGGGAAAAACCCGUGAACCGCCGCGUUCCCGAAAAACCCUCCGAUGCCUCGGAGACUCCGGUGGUUCCACCGGAGACCGAGGAAAGUUCAUUUUUUUCUCUGACUUCGCAAGGGAACGAUGCCGUUUCGGUGAGUUCGACAGACAAGGCUGAUGGGGUUCUGGAGGAUAAAGCGUACGAGGUUGUGGUUGAGAAAGUUAGGGAAGAGAAGGAUGAGGUGGCUGAGUCGGUGGUUGGGCGGACAGUGGUGGCGGCGAGCAACGAUAACCACCACAAGGGUUUGGCCAGAAAGGUGCUGCCGGACGUGUUGGGCUUAUUCAAUUCUCGUUUAUGGAGCCUUUGGAGUCCGAAUGUGUAGGUCAAAAUUGAACGCCUUUUUUUUUUUUUUUUUUUGGUUUUUUUAAUUUUUGGGGUUUAAUUUCUAUCUUGGUUCUUAGUUCUCGAGCCCCCAAAAGCAAAUGUUAAGAGAAAAGAAAGGAGGAAAUAUAUUUUUGGUGGUGGGUUUAACUUUUAUUCGUACUCGAAUAUAGAUAUUAUGGUCCUCAAUGAAUCUCUUUUUUCUUUCA